ACGCAUAUGCAACUGUUGUUAACUUUAAAACAUCACUUUCACUAGGUUAUUGAAUGAAAUACCAGACAUGAUUGUAGAGCACCAUGUCCCAGGAAACUGCUAAUUCUCUACAUCCAGCUUCCGGCCUACUUGACUCCAUCAAAACGUACAUCUUCAACAUUGAUGUUUCAGAUUACAACGAACUUGAGAGAGAAUUAAGGAAGCUGGACACAGAUCUCCCGGGAUUUGAUGACUACGAACACGACUCACCAGCUGUCCCCACACCCCCUGUAACAGAUUAUGAAAGUUCAGAAUCGGAAUGUGAUGUGGAGUCAAACCAAGCUGAUCUCAAAGUUUUGAAUCUGACUCCCAGGAAUAAAGACCGGGAUUAUUCAGUAUUGGACGACUUUUUUAACGAUAAGGACUCGCCAUUGUAUCACCACGACAUUAUGGAGGAUGGCAAUGCAAAUGAGCCUAAAAAGGAUCAGAAUAUGAGACAGGCGAAAAAGCAAAAAUCUAGGGAAGGUAGCGUUAGCUAUCUUGUGAGUGACAAUGAAACUCUCAAUACUAUUGCAUUGAAGUUCAAUGUAUCUCCAAAUAUGCUGAAACAGCUCAAUGCACUUACUUCAGACUUCAUUUUCCCUGGUCAAAGCGUUCUUGUACCCAGAAUUUUCCAAAGCAAUGAAACUGUUGUGGCGGAAACACCUUUGCAUCCUGUUGAUCAAAAAAUACCACCCUCACCAAAGAAGUCAAUUUUCAAAUACCCAAUGAAGAGGAUCACAAGGUUUGAUGGUUCAGUUGGAGGAACUACUCUCAUGACUUCAAACGCUUUCAUGUUUCGUGCCCAUGUUUCAGAUAAACUGGUUAUACAAAACGGUCAGAACAAUUACAACGUUAGCAUCCCUCUUGACUCAAUCUGUGAAAUACUCAUGUUUGAGUCUUUUGAGAGAUUGCUCGGGAACAUCCAAUCCACCACUGGUGUGGAGAACGCUUGUGAGAAGUGCACAGAACUUAAAUAUCAGCUCUGUCAUGGUACACCUGUCCAGUCUGGUGAAGAGAACAUUCGCAUGGAGGUCAGCUUAGAGGAGGACAAUUUAGAGGAGGCGCUUAGAAUCAAAAUCAUUGAUCCAAAUAAUGAUUUUGGUCAUGGGUCCGUGGGGUCAGCCACUCCAGAAGUAGGUCAUGCCAUCACAGAUUUUCUGGAGCUGUCCUCCGGGGAGAUUGAGCUAGGGCACUCUCCAGUUGUUCAAUCACCAGUCAUAUACUCUCCAACAUGUAAGCAUGAGUUUGAGGGUUUUGCCUGUGAGCAUGAGUUUGAGGGUUUUGCGUCCAGGCGAUACUCUGCCAGCAAACGGGUCAAUCCAUUUUCCAUUGGUGGCGAAGACAACAAAAUUCUCAUCCCGAACUUCAAUUCAAAUUUCGAUCCACUCAACACUACUGCUUAUGUCCCAGAAGGGAGGAUUAAUAGAAUUGAUUCCGACACAACACUAGCCACAAAAGCAUUCUUUGAGAAAAUUGAUGAGAACACAAAUCAGAUGCAAACUCUUAUGGAGAAUGCAAAUAAACACGAGUACUCGAUCUUCAUUUCCCUUCACGCAAUUUGCUGCACCAGGACCCAUGGAAAGCCUUCAUAUCAGUUCGAGACAGAGGAAGGUUACAGCAAGGCACACUUCUGGGUGUGUGUUCCAGAGGAGGAUGUAUCUGAGUUAAUGAACAAUUUCUACCAGUUGUGUCCUCACCUAUCACCAAUGGACGACACUUCCAACUGUCUGAUGAAAUGUGACGAGGACUACUGGACCAGCCUUGCAGAUGCAACUCUUCCAGAUCGCACGCCUCAGUUUGUCCCUCGGGAAGUAGACUCCGAUCUGAUGAGCGAGCCUUUUUCAGGGACACUGAAUUAUCCGGCCGGAAAAUCAGUUCUUUUAACGGAAGAUAUGAUGGGUCAGUUGCAGCCGUAUCUUCCCUGUCACAUCAUUGGAAUAGACAUGCUCCUAGCUUACAGCCUGAAGGUUCACGGGAUGUCACUACGGUCUUUGUACAACCACUGUGAGCCUUAUCAGGAUUUACCCUGUAUCUUGCUGAUAAAGGAUACACGGCAGUAUGUGUUUGGGGCGUAUCUCUCCGAGGGAAUCAUUCAAUCUCCCAAAUAUUACGGCUCUGGUGAGACAUUCCUCUUCAGACUGUCCCCUGACGAGAAAUGCUACUUCUGGCAGGGUUCCAACCAUUAUUUCAUGAUGGGAACACACGAGUAUUUCACUGUAGGGGCUGGAGAUGGUAACUUUGCUCUUUAUCUAGACGAGAUGCUUGAAAAAGGAACCAGUAAUCGGUCCUUGACAUUCCACAACGAUACACUAAGCUCAGAGUCAUCCUUCAAUGUUCUUACAGUUGAGGUUUGGUAUUUUACAGACGAAACGGUUCAAGAUGAUAGCGAUAGUGUGUCAGUGACCAGUGAAAAAAGCCGGGCAAGUGGACAGUACAGGGGCAAUUUUUACAACAUCGGAUAAAUUCAAAUACUUUCGGUUGGAAUGUGCACAAUCUUAGUUUUAAGAGUGCAGCUGUUGUUUGCGUGUGUGAUCGUUUGAAAAACUUUGAUUGGAUUUGAUGUUUCACAGUGCUUUAUGUUCACGUUAUGUAAAAGUGAUCACAUUUUUGCAUUAAACUUGUUUGCAUAACUUUGAUAAUUUUGGAAUACUGUAAAGUAGAUUUAGUUAAAUAUUUUAGCAUUAUUUUGGUAGUUGAUUUUUGAUAAAUUUAUAUUAACCAGUUAAUAAAUAUAAAUGAGAGCGACAUUUUUAGUUGCAAUACCUCUGGGAAGGAUCAAGAAUCAAGAUAUUAGAAGUUCACAAUUGCCGUCUGGUUGGACGUGAUUCAAUUUGAUUGUUUCGUUUUAACUUGCGAUGAAAUAUUUUGUGCAUUGUAUUCCAGUCGCCCUUAAUUCUGUGUGUAUUUGAUUUAAUAAGUUGACCAAUAAAAUCUGUGUG